UUGCCAUCCAGCUCACAUUGUCGCCUUGUUGUCUUGAGCCCCAGCAUUUCUGGUCUCUGCUCGCGUCCUCUUUUCAACACCAAUCCUCCUUAGCAAGGUUUCAAUGACCCAGCAAAACAAAUACAGUCAAUAUCGUUAUUUUUCUUCUCCCUCAUCAUGGCACCCAAAUCCAAGGACGACAUCGCAUCCAGCAUCGCCAAGUUGUCGCUGAAAACCGCCGAACUCGACAAAACCGCGGCGGCAACCUCCCAACCGCGCCGCCCAGGACCGCAGAAGAAGAGCAGCCCCGUCGCGGACAGCUGGGAGGACGAAGCCGACGACGACAGCGACGCAGUCGCCUCAGACGCAGAGGCCACGCCCGUCGCCAGCACCAGCACCGCCGGCAUCGCCGCCCCGCCACCAACCCCCCUGUCGCCCGUCGCCAGCACCACGAAGCGGCCACUCUCGCCCUCCGCUCUCUCACCAGCGCCGGGCUUCGGCAACACCCCCCCCUUCGACGGCUCAGGCGCCGCCCCGCCGCCGCCUGCGGGCAGGCAAUCGGCCGCGGAGGGCCCGACCAGGCGGCCCGAGAAGACGGACGCGGUCGCGCAGCGCAUGAUCGCGAGCGCGCUGGGUAUGCGGGCGCCCAAGCGGACGGAGGAGCAGAAGGCGUACGAUAGGGCCGUGCGCGAGAAGGAGCGCAAAAAGCGCGAGGAGGAGAAGGAGAAGGAGCGGAAGCGGGAGGAGGAGAUCGCCAAGGCGAGGCAGGCGAUAUGGGACGACUGAGCCGGCGCGUUGGGCGAUCUGCCGUUUUGGAAAGGUGCUGCUUGGGUCAGGAUACGUCGUUGGAUAAACUGGGAUCGGACUCCUAUGAUUUGGUCGAUCUUAUUGGUAAUUCUUGUGUCGAUAUAGUCCCAAGACUUGUCUCCUGGCGACAGGGCUUUCCUCGGAGCGAGCCGCUUUCUUGCAGCCACCGACACGUUGUGUUUAGCCUUGGUUAUGCCCUGAGCUGCCAAGUCAGCAAGUAGGAACGGUAUAAAACGAGACAAUGAGCUUUACGUGACUC